GACCAGCAGCAGAAAGCCUUCCUGUCAGACCCUUACCGCCGAGGAGAUACAACCUGUGGCUUUGAUGGGACCGAAACUGAAUCAGAGAAGCUGCUAAAACUUUUGCUGCGGUGUGUGAUUGUGAGAAGUGAACCUGUUUCUGUUUUGAAUUUUCAGCCUUGGAAGGAACUUUAACAUCGUUACGUUGCGGUCACGACCACCGACGUUUGUCCCUCCUCAGCUUUGUUUCUUCGGCCUGUGCCAUCCAUCUCACCAUGGACAGCCUGCUGAGCGGGGCCAGUAAAGGGGCCAGUGCCCUUCAGUCGGAACAGACCUCAUCACGUCAUAGAUGCUGCUUGCUGUUUUUACCCCUGUAUGACUGACUGUUGGGGAAACAAUAAAGCUUAAAUUCCUGUUAACUUUAACAAAGGAGCCAUGCAUCCGCUGCUGUCCCUCUGUGUCUUUUGGCUGCUGCCCCUGGCCUUGACGCUGGAAGAAGACUCACCACUGGGCUGUGUCCCCCGCAGAUCUGUGCCUUACCACAAGGACAAUGCACACCUGUUUCGUGAAGAGGGAGUGUUCAACUACUCCACCAUGCUGUUGAGAGAAGAUCUGAACCUGCUGGUGCUGGGUGCCAGGGAGGCAGUGUUUGCCCUUGACCUCAAAGACAUCUCAAAGAAACAUGCUUCGGUUAAAUGGGAAGUGACAAAACAGCAAGAAGACGAGUGUAAAAACAAAGGAAAAGAUCCUGAGACGGAGUGCAAGAACUACAUCAGGGUCCUGCACAAGACGGAGGACGACAGGAUGUAUGUGUGUGGAACCAAUGCUUUUGAUCCUGAGUGUGAUUACAUGUCAUAUGCUGAUGGAAAACUGACUCUUGAAAAGAAAGGAGAGGAUGGCAAAGGGAAGUGUCCAUUUGACCCUUUCCAAAGAUACGCCUCUGUCAUGUUCGAAAACAGCCUGUACUCAGCCACAUCUAUGAAUUUCCUGGGCUCUGAACCUGUCCUAAUGCGUAGCUCUCCUGCCUCCAUACGCACUGAAUUCAAGAGCUCCUGGCUUAAUGAGCCCAACUUUGUUUCCAUGACCCAGAUGCCAGAGAGUGUGUCGAGUGAGGAUGGAGACGAUGACAAGGUGUACGUGUUUUUCAGUGAGACAGCUGUGGAGUGCGACUGCUACAACAAACUGGUGGUCUCCCGUGUCGCCCGCGUCUGCAAGGGGGAUCUUGGAGGUCAGAGGACAUUGCAGAAGAAAUGGACAUCCUUCCUGAAAGCCAGAAUGGACUGUCCAGUGCUUGAGUCUCAAUUGCCUUACAUUAUCCAGGACAUGUACCGCUGGUGUGACCCACAAAAAGACUGGAGGGACUGUUUGUUCUUUGCCGUCUUUACUCCACAAUCGGACACAUCAGACCUUUCUGCAGUGUGUGCGUACCGGGUGUCUGACAUCAGCAGAGUGUUUGAGGAGGGGAAGUACAAGACCCCGGUCCCCGUAGAAACCUCUUUUGUUAAGUGGGUGAUGUAUAGCGGAGAUGUCCCCUUCCCUCGGCCUGGAGCUUGUAUUAACAAUGCUGCUCGUAAAGAGGGCAUAAAUCAGACUCUGGACCUCCCGGACCGGACCCUUCAAUUUAUCAAAGAUAAACCCCUCAUGGACCAAGCUAUCCAGCCAAUAGAGGAGAGGCCUCUACUGGUGCGAAGAGGAGCUACAUUCACACGCGUCAUAGUUACCCAAGCACAGGCAGCAGACGGCAAGAAGUACCACGUGAUAUUUGUUGGCACAGAGGACGGCACACUGCUGAAAGCUGUGAACUACGAUCAAGAGAUGUUCAUCAUAGAGGAAGUACAACUCUUCCACCCACCAGAGCCAAUCAAGAGCCUGAAAUUCUCUAAUGUCACGGGUCAGAUCUAUGCAGGCUCAGACUACGGAGCAGCACAGAUUCCCCUGGCCACCUGUAAUAGAUCCUUCUCCUGUAUGGACUGUGUGCUGGCCAGAGACCCGUACUGUGGCUGGGACCAGGUUGACAGGAAAUGUGUUUUCCUCUCUACUUCACAAAGAAAAGUGAUCCAAAGAGUGGAAGAUGGCGAUGCGUCGGCCUGCCCAGAUGCUGAUCCUGUUAAACCUGUGAAUCGGUCCAUCUGGCCCGGAGGGAACCUGAAGCUGCAUUGCACUGCACCUUCAAACCUGGCAAAAACAGCCUGGGAGCGGGACAGCAGCCCUCUGACCCCUGCAGCUCGCUUUCAGUUUCUGAGAGACGGACUGCUCAUCCUCAACGCCUCAGACUCAGACGCCGGUCGAUACCGCUGCCUCUCUGUCGAGCGCUCCAAAGCUGACGAGUACUCAACGGCUGUGGCAGAGUACCAGGUCAGCAUAGUUCCAGCAGGCACAGGCAAUGGCACUCCGAUUUUUCCCAGGGCCCAGGUCGACGGCCCCUCUAUGACUGGACUUCAGGUAGUGGUCGCGCUACUUGUAGUUUGUCUUCUUGCCCUUUUGGCCUGGAACUUUUACAAAGGCCAUCUUCCACUGCCCUGGAACUGUGGAAAGAAGGUAGCGCAAUCCCAGGAGACCCAUGAGCAGGGCAAGGAGAAGCCUCUGGUGUUGGAAACAGACAACGGCCGCAGUAGCAACAACCACAACAGGGGGGAGGCAGCAUUUAAUGCAGAGGAAGAGCACGGUGAUCAAGCAGUAACUCUUCCAACUCUGAAAUUUAUUGAUGACGAGUCUGACAUUUGAAUAAGUAAAAAUUAAGCUGCAUGUCAUCAGGAGGCAAAGAUUGAGAAAUGAAUGUGGAGCCCCAAACCAUUUAUUUCCAUGCAGAACACCAGAUUAUCCGUUCAGAUGUUAUAAUAGUUAAAACCUGAAUGCAUGGGACAUUUAACAGGUUGGACUAUAAAACUAUUGAAAGUUGUUGAAGCAAUGUUUUCAGAGACUAUGAACUGAUGAGCACAUUUGAACAUACCAAGAGAUUCUAUAUUUUUUGUACAAAUGAGAUGCACUUCAAUUUCUUCCUCACUUCUAUUUUUAAACUUACUUUUUAAGAUCCUUACUAAAUUUUGUAAAUCUCAUUUAGGAAUGAAAUAUCUUGACAUUUUGUAUUCUUUUCAACAGGAAUGUACAAUAAAUGAUAUUGAGCCA